AUGUCUAUUGUCAUUAAAAUUCCAAAGACAAUGAGAAAAGAGAGCAUAACUGUCGUGAAGUACAGGGACGGGCGGCUGUUUCUAAAAACAGGGGCAGCCUCGUACCAGGUAACAGAGCUUCCUUUAGACACGCCAAAAUACAUAAUAAAUUCAGAGGGGGCUAAAAUUGUAAAAGUAACCAACAAAGGGCUUAUAAGAAGGUCAAUAAAAUGA